UAUAUAGUCUCCAAUUACGUUCCGUGAGCAGGUCGAAGUUGUUUUUAUGUGCCAUUGUAUACCUCCACAAUGACGAGCGUGAUAUAUCCCACUGGCCUGUGUUGAUGGUGUUCUGUCGUUUUCUGGUGCAGCAGCCCAUCACACUGCAGACCAUUCAGGGUCUACAGGGCUCGGCAUCGGGCCACCUGCUAUUUAAGACGGAGAAUGGCCAGCUGAAGCUGAUCCAGCUGCCGGUCCAGGGCGGCACCACCUCCGCUGCCGUCUGCUAUGUGGGCACCUCCACCACGUCAACGCCCAUGUACAAGCAGAGCCCGGUGCAGGCGGCCACCACCCCGCGGACAGCAGUGGCCGUGUCGGCCGCGCCCGCCGUAGCCGCCCCCGCACAGCCCACAGCCCAGCCGGCGCAGGGCGCAAUGGCGGCCGACACGGCCAAGCUCAAGUGCAAGAACUUCCUGUCGACGCUGCUGCGGCUGGCCAAGGACCAGCCGGACACGGUGGAGCGCAACGUGCGCACGCUGAUCCAGAGCCUGAUCGACGCGCGAGUCGAGCCCGAAGCCUUCACCAGCCGGCUGCAGCAGGAGCUGAAUUCGUCGCCGCAGCCCUGCCUGGUGCCCUUCCUCAAGAAGAGCCUGCCGUUCCUGCGCCAGUCGCUGUUCAGCCGCGACAUCACCAUCGACGGGGUGAAGCCGCCGCCGCAGUCGGCGCUCCCUCCGGUGGCGCUGCGGCAAAACAAAAAACUCAACUUCAAGUCAUCGUUCGAGUCUGGCCAUGACGACGACAUCAACGAUGUGGCGGCGAUGGGCGGCGUCAACCUGCAGGAGGAGUCGCAGCACAUCCUGGGCAGCACCGAGUACGUGGGCACGCAGAUCCGCAGCAUCAAGGACGACACGUUCCUGCCGAGCGCCGCGCUCCAGCUCAAGAUCCGCCGCAUCGCGAUGCGGCACGGUCUCGAGGAGCCCGGCCCGGACGUGGUGGCGCUCGUGUCGCACGCCACUCAGGAGCGGCUCAAGACGCUGCUCGAGCAGCUGGCCGCCAUCGCCGAGCACCGCAUCGAGGUGGUCAAGUCGGAGCCGGGCUACGAGGCCUCGCGCGACGUGCGCGGCCAGCUGCGCUUCCUCGAGGAGCUCGACAAGCUGGAGCAGAAGCGGCACGAGGAGACGGAGCGCGAGGUGCUGCUGCGCGCCGCCAAGAGCCGCUCCAAGACGGAGGACCCCGAGCAGGCCAAGCUCAAGGCCAAGGCCAAGGAGAUGCAGCGGGUGGAGAUGGAGGAGGUGCGACAGCGCGAGGCCAACUUGACGGCGCUCAAGGCGAUCGGGCCACGCAAGAAGCCGCGGCUCGAUGGCGAGUCGGCCGCUUCCGACACCCCCACCGUCAGCGGCGCGCUCAGCCAGAGACAGAUCCCGCUGCGGCCGCGUUUGAAGCGCGUCAACGCCCGAGACCUGCUGUUCGUGCUGGAGCAGGAGAGAGGCCUGCAGCGCUCGGAGCGGCUGUUCCAGCUGUUCCUCAAGUAGCGGCGCCGC